AUGCUGGCGCCCAGCAUGGCACCGGCAACCAACGCGACGCCCGCGGGGCGCGCGGGACUGAGCGAAGACUUCCUGAAGAAGUGGAAUAGCUUGCAGAAGACGGCAGACAAGUUCCAGAAGAUGCUAGAAAACGGCGCGCAGGGCGGCACGGUGUCGACCAAGGACUUCGCCACGGGCCCUGUCAACGAGUCGCAAGCCUCGGUGCCCGCAGGGCGCCCCGGCGCGAGCGGCGACGCCUCGCUCUUCCGCACCGACAUCUCCCACAUCAGCGCCAACGGCAACAGCGCUGCGAAACGCGGGAGGCCGGCGCAGUCGAGCUCCGCCGGUGGCGAAGCUUCGCUGUCCCCGGGGGGUCUCCCCGCCGCGACACCCCCCCGGCACGCCCCCGGACACACCCGGGAGUACGACGACGCAUCCGCGUCCACCACGGCCUCGGACGACGACGACGAGGCCGACGCGUCGGCCGUGAACGUCGACCUCAGCCGCAACAUGGACCUCACGACGUCCCCGGACGUCGGGCUCCCGCAGCUGUCGCCCACGCCGGUGAAGGCAGCGCCGUCGCCCAUGGUGCAGGUGCGCAUCGGGAGCCAGCAGGCGUCCCCGGACGCGCCCGCGGGCGUCGCGCCGCAGCAGAGGCACGACGCCCCGCGCCGCGACGCGCCCGACGGCGGCGCGGAGGGCCCUGCGCGGAAGCGGCGCGGCUCCGGCGCGGCGCACAAGAGUCUGCGCCAAAUCGCGGAGGACGCGAAGCCGUGGCUGCGCGAGCGGUGGGGCGACGACCGCGGGUACAAGAUGGCGCCGUCGUUCGGGCCGCUCUCGGACGGGUUCGUGCCGAAGACGACCCCCCGGGAGCGCACGCACUGGGCAGAGGAGCUAGCGCAGGAGCCGGGGUGGACGUGGCAGAUGGCGCGCGACGAGCUGCAGAGCAAGCUGCAGGAGGUGGACUACAAGAUGAAGCAGAUCCACGAGGAGCGCGUGCGGCGGAACAUGGGCCGGGGGGCGCGCGCGCAGCAGACGGUGUACAACGUGGGCAACCCCGACAAGAUCAAGGGGGGGGGUCUCAAGCCGGGCGUGCUCGUCCCCGGCGCGCACCGCGUCCACGGCCUCCGCGGCCUCAAGCGCUCGAAGAGCACGGACUCCGUCGGGUCCAUCCAGUCCAUGGCCUCGCGCGCCUCGGCCGUGCCGUCCGUGGCCGCCAUCCGCCUCGCCGCGCACUUCGAGUCCAACCGGCUCGGGUUCGGGAGCAGCACGCGCGGCGGGGAGGCGAUCGGGCGGCAGAUGCCGUGGGAGCGCAACCUCACGCCGCUGGUCCACGGGAUCCGCGACCGCAUGCCGCACAUCGACAUCCGCGUCCUGGAGUCGCUCCUGCGGCACUCGGCGACCGCGCGCGACGCGCUGAUGGCGCUGGACCCGGCGUCGCGGGACUACAAGGUCGUGAACGGGAUCCCGCUGUCGACGCGGUCGCGCCGCGGGUCGCGGCCGGGGUACGGCCCCGGGUCGGACGCAGCGGUGAUUCCGCGCAUUGGCGAGUACAGCGGGGCGCGGAUGAACACGCGCGACGCGGACGCCGCGAGCGCGUUCGGCGGGCGGAGCCGCGCGGCGUCCCGCGCGGCGUCCCGGGCCCCGUCCCGCGGCAUUUCGCCGAUGCCGUCGCGGCGCGGGCACUCGCCGUCCCCGCUCAAGCCCGAGCACCUGCGGCGGGACAGCGUCGCGAGCCGCACUGACCGCUCGCGAUCGCGGCGGCCGUCGCGCGCGGGUUCGCUGCCGCACUACGACCCGUACAACCACGCGCAGUUCGGGAUCGACGCGGUGUGGGACGACGUGCUGAAGGACCUGUACGAGCGGGAGCAGGAGGAGAUGGAGCGGGAGGCGCGCGGGCUCAAGCGGCGCGGCGGCGGCGCGGCGAGCCGGCGCGGGGCCGCGGCGGCGGCGCAGGUGGACGCGGCGGCGCGGCAGUUGCGCACGCAGGAGGCGUCAGAGACGAUUGGGAAGCUGCGGGAGCAGCUCAAGGCCGGGGGCGGGUACACGGCGCAGCUGGGGAGGGAGCUGUCGGCGCUCGAGGCGAAGAUCGCGGCGGAGGCGGCGCCGGGCGCGCGCGCGGCGAAGCCCAAGGUCAAGAAGGCCAAGGGGAAGAAACCCAAGGGAAAGAAGGGGACGAAGAAGAAGGGGAAGAAAGGGAAGAAGGACGGCGCGGCGGAGGAGGGCGAGCGCCGCGGGCGCGGGCGCGGGCGCGAGAAGGAGGUCGCGCUGCCGUACGGCCACCGCAUGCGCGCUCGCUCGCUGCACCGCCGCGGCGUCGACGUCGACCCCGAGGCCGAGAAGGCGAAGUUCGUCGAGCCGCAGCUGUCGGAGCUCGCGCAGCGGACGGCCGGCGCGGACCCGCGCUGGGCGGUGUCGGUCGACGACCCGAACCGCAACCGCGGGCGCAUGAUGCCGUGGGAGCGGGAGCUGAUGACCAACCAGCAGCCGACGCGCGGGGUCGCGCGGGACCCGUCGGUGUACAGCCGGAAGGGCCGGAGCGCGACGGCGACGCGGUCGCGCGCGACCUCGCUGGCCGCGUCGCGCCGCGUGAGCGUCGACGAGGACGGGAACCCCGUCCAGGCGUGGCUCGAGGAGGGCGAGCGCAUGCACAGCAAGGCGUCCAAGGGGGCGCCGAUGUCGUGGUACCCCGAGGCCGCGAGCGAGGAGACGCGGCGGUGGGACGCGCGGCAGGCCUGGGGGCCCGGCGGGCACAAGUCGCUGAAUCAGUACGCGCGCGAGCGGCAGGAGCAGGAGGACGCCGUGUACCGGGAGAAGAAGAAGGAGUGGGCGCGGAGCCGGGCGGCGAGCCGGGCCGCGAGCCGGGCCGCGAGCCGGGCCGCGAGCAAGCGGGGGAGUCCGGGGGGGAGCCGUGAGGGGAGUCGGCCGCCGGUGGCGGCAGCGGGGGUGUCUGGGAGCCCGCAGCGGCCCGGCGUGGGGUCCCGGCGGGGCGCGGGGGGUCCGCCAGACGCGGCGGCGGGCGGGGCGAUGUGGGCGGUGACGAGCGGGGAGCUGCCUGGGACGAUCGCGCGCGGGCCCCCGCCCGCGGCAAAGGGGGGCGCGGUGCGCGCGCCGCACAACGCGAAGCCGUCAAACAACACCGUGCCGCAGCGCGCGGCCGAGGCGCUCGCGGUGCUCGUGAACAUCCCCGCGACGGACCUAGGCAUGCCGAAGCCCGGCCCGAGGAAGGCGGCGUCGUCGCGGGCGGCGGGCGGGGGCGCGGCGCCGAAGCGCGAGGUGAGCGGGCGGAGCGACGCGAGCGCGGCGCGCAAGAACGUCAAGUUCGGCGCCGCGACGGUCGCGCAGAAGUCCCCCUCCGGGCGGUCCCCGCGCCCCUCGCCGCCGCAGCCCGCGCUCAAGCGCACGGGCAGCAACGCGACCGACAGCGCGGGGCGCCCCACGCUGCGCAAGACGCCGUCGCAGUCCUCGGCCGCGCCCAGCAGCCCGACGGCGCGCGUCCCGUCGGUCUCGCGCGCCUCGAACCACGCGACGCGCACCCCCGGCAGCGACCACAAGGGCCCGCCCUCCGAGACUGGGACGCGGUCGUCGGCGUCGGCGGCGGCCGGCGGGUACGCGGCGCGGCACCAGCUGCGCGCGGGGUCGACUCCGCCGAAGGUUCGCGUCGCGAAGGCCGCGUCCCACGCGCCGCCGUCGCGCGGGGAGGGGUCGCCGUCGGCGGCGAGCUCGGGCGCGCAGUCGGCGCUCGUCCAGCGCCGCACGUCCGGCCGGAACAUGGCCGUGCCGCCGGCGAUCAAGGAGGACGCGGACCCCGCGCGCGGCGCGACGCUCCCGGCGGCCGCGCGCCCACGGCACAAGGCGGGCGCCAGCGCAGCGGAGGCCGACUCGGACCUGCCGGCCCUGGCGCUCAAGGCCGGGUCCGAGGCGCCCGCGGAGUUCCCGGGGCUCGAUUGGGCGUCGGCUGGCGCGGAGGAGGAGGCGGCGGAGGAUGGCGUGGUCGCGACGGUCGGGCCGCGCACGCCGUCGGUCCCGGGGGAGGCCACGAGCGCGCCGAACUUCAACGGGCCGGGAACGAUGACGUGGGGCGCGGGGGCGCGGCAGGGCGAGCUCGGGCGGCAGCAGAUCCAGCGGGCGCUCGCGGACAUGGCGGCGCGGGAGAAGCACAAGGGCCCGCAGGAGGGGGAAGAACAACACCCCCCCGGGGGGGCCGCCGCCCCGGAGGUCCCGCCGCUGCACGUCAACGUGCUGCACGGGGACGUCGACGACUCGGGCGCGCUGGACAUCACCCCCGCCGCAGCGACCGCGGCCAACACUCCCCCGGGGGCCCUCGGGCGGACCAUCGGGCGCAUGCGCAGCGACGCGGCUGGCUCCCCUCUCCGGCCGGGCGACGCCGAGAUCAUGGUCGCGACGCCGCCAGCGACCGCGCCGCCGGCCAGCGCUCCGGCGCCAGCGUCUCCGCCGUCGCCACCGGGAGCCAUGGCGACGCGCCCACGGCAGCCGACGUCGCCCGAGGCGCCGCCCGUGGAGCAGCCUGCGCGCGCGGAGGCCCCAGAGAAGCCCCAGCCGGUGUGGCGGCUGCCGGCGGAGCCCACGGAGGGCGAGGACAGCGAGGCGCGGCGCCGCACGGCCAUGAUGGGCAUCGCGCGGGAGGGGCUGUCGCGGCUGCAGCUGCCGCGGCCGGCGAUGGCGGUGGACCUGCUCAGGGCCGUGCGGGGCGAGGACAAGCGGAUGGCGAAGCACCCGAGCCUGAAGAAGUCGGUGACGCUGGUCCGUGCGGCGUCCGGCAAGGUCCUGGAGGGGAAGUUCACGCUCGAGUCCGGGCCGGGGCAGGCGGUGCUGCUGAAGCACAAGUCGGGCCUCGUCGGGUCGAAGAAAUACAGCGUGCGCGGCCUCACGAUCGAGCGGAAGAGCGCCGGCCAGCGCCUGCUCCUCGACACGGACCAGGGCGACGUGUACGUGUCGUGCCCCGGCGACGACGUGUGGUCGGCCCUCGUGCUGUCCAUCAACGCGGCAAUGCAGGAACGCGACUUCCCGACGAAGAACCCAGGGAGCCUGCUGACUGCCGAGUGGCACCGCAACGUCGUCGUGAGGGAGUAG